UUCAAAUGGGGUAAUUAUUACUUGCAAUUGGAUCGUCCUUGAUGAUUUUUCAGGAAAUGCUAAUAAUACGUGUCAAGUUUGUACACGAUACUAUAAGAUCAAAACAACAAAGAUUUUGAAACAUUUUUUGCAGCAGUGAAAAGUUUACGUUUUAUACAAUAUGACCACAGAACUUUACUUUGGUAUUAUUGCUGUACUUUUUAGUGUAGUUUUUGCAAAGCAAGAUAUUCCACCUUUUCUUCAUGUAUGCCAUAGACAAGACCCGGAAUUGAAUCAGUGUUUUAUAGCGGCAGGUGAAGAAAUAAGACCUUACUUAGUAAAGGGUGUUCCUGAGUACAAUAUUCCUAGCUUAGAGCCGUUAAUUAUGGACCAGUUAAUAUCAGAAGACUUAUCUGGGAUACAUAUUGAAGCCAAAGACGUCAAGGCGUGGGGUUGCAGCAAAUACUUUGUAAGGAAUAAUAGUGUUGAUGUAGAAAAUCAGAAGUAUCAAUUGGACGUUUACUUACCAGAAUUACAGAUCGAAGCAUAUUACACCGUUGAUGGAAAAUUACUUUUGAUGCCCGUCAAAGGGGAAGGACCUAUGAAAGCCAACAUAACGCAUGUUGUGACAAAGGUCAAAUUAGAGGGAGAAACUUUUGAAAGCAAUGGCGAGAGGUUUCUUAAAUAUACAUCGAUGGUAAUGAAAGUGACCGUUGGGGGUGGCCAUGUAUUAUUUUCGAAUCUGUUUUCUGGUGAUAAACUUCUUAAUGAUGUAAUUAAUUUGACGAUAAACAAUAAUUUUGAUGCAUUCCUUAAAGAACUUUUACCAGUAAUAGAAAAGUCAUUGUCAGCAGUGUUUUUAGACAUUUCCAAUAAGAUUGUUAACAAGUUUACCUUUGAUCAACUAUUUCCAAUGUAAAUAUGUACAUAUAUUGUUGUUAUUUUUGUACUGAAAAAAGAAUCGAGAUGUGAUUAUAUUAAAUGGUUUUU